UGUGUGUCCGGGUGUGUGUGUGUGUGUGUAUGUGUGUGUGUGUGUGUAUGUGUGUGUGAGUGUGCGCGUUCCGAGUGUGUGUGUAUUUGUGUAUCGGCGGUCCCGCAGGUCCCGGAUGUUGCGGACAGUAUGAGGCGAGCGCAGGGGGACGGGGACCAGCAGCUGUCGCCGCCGCUCUGAGAGAUUUCCUGUUAGACAAGACAAAUUGGUCUUCCUACUACUGACUUAACUUGGGUGAAAAGAAAACAGAAAUUUUUGUCCUCUGACUUUGGAAAUCUUGUUUAACCUUCAAACUGGCGAUGUCAAGGGUUCCAAGUCCUCCACCUCCGGCAGAAAUGUCGAGUGGCCCUGUAGCUGAGAGCUGGUGCUACACACAGAUCAAGGUAGUGAAAUUCUCCUACAUGUGGACCAUCAAUAACUUUAGCUUUUGCCGGGAGGAAAUGGGUGAAGUCAUUAAAAGCUCAACCUUUUCAUCAGGAGCCAAUGAUAAACUGAAAUGGUGUUUGAGAGUAAACCCAAAAGGGUUAGAUGAAGAAAGCAAAGAUUACCUGUCACUUUACCUAUUACUGGUCAGCUGUCCAAAGAGUGAAGUUCGGGCAAAAUUCAAAUUCUCCAUCCUGAAUGCCAAGGGAGAAGAAACCAAAGCUAUGGAGAGUCAACGGGCAUAUAGGUUUGUGCAAGGCAAAGACUGGGGAUUCAAAAAAUUCAUCCGUAGAGAUUUUCUCUUGGAUGAAGCCAACGGGCUUCUCCCUGAUGACAAGCUUACCCUCUUCUGUGAGGUGAGCGUGGUGCAAGAUUCCGUCAACAUUUCUGGCCAGAAUACCAUGAAUAUGGUGAAGGUUCCCGAAUGCCGGUUGGCAGAUGAGUUAGGAGGACUUUGGGAGAAUUCCCGGUUCACAGACUGUUGUUUGUGUGUUGCUGGCCAGGAAUUCCAGGCUCACAAAGCUAUCUUAGCAGCUCGUUCUCCAGUUUUUAGUGCCAUGUUUGAACAUGAAAUGGAGGAGAGCAAAAAGAAUCGGGUUGAAAUCAAUGAUGUGGAGCCUGAAGUUUUUAAGGAAAUGAUGUGCUUCAUUUACACGGGGAAAGCUCCGAACCUGGACAAAAUGGCUGAUGAUUUGCUGGCAGCUGCUGACAAGUAUGCCCUGGAGCGCUUAAAGGUCAUGUGUGAGGAUGCCCUCUGCAGUAACCUCUCUGUGGAGAACGCCGCAGAAAUUCUCAUCUUGGCUGACCUCCACAGCGCAGAUCAAUUGAAAACGCAGGCAGUGGAUUUCAUCAACUAUCACGCCUCGGACGUCUUGGAGACCUCGGGGUGGAAGGCAAUGGUGGUGUCACAUCCCCACUUGGUGGCUGAGGCUUACCGCUCUCUGGCUUCGGCACAGUGCCCCUUUCUGGGACCCCCACGCAAGCGCCUGAAGCAGUCCUAAGAGCCGCCUGUUUGAGACUCCGAUUGUUUUCCAGAAGCAGCAGCCACUGUUGCUGCCAUUGACCACCAGGUAGACAGCGCAAUCUGUGGAGCUUUGACUCUGCUGUGGGGAAAGACUGCAUCUCGGCCCCAGACUUUUAAAACAGCACUAAACAAACU